AUGAACCUGGCCAUGAUCAUAUACAAUGGUGCAAACCUGCGGAGCAAAGAGGAAGUCGAUGCGAAAAUCCAGUCCCGACCUCUCAAGCGAGCUCAACUAAACGCAAGCGGAAUUGUCCCAACCAUCGAAGUCAGAGUAAACCGGAGGAUGAUGAAGGACCAGUUGGUGGAAGUAGUGAUGGCCAGUCACAUGGAGUGA